AUGUCGACCAUAACAACCACGGCCCUUCAAACCUCCUACCCUCCGAUCCUCCCCAAAUCCUUCAACGGCAACCAAUCCCAAACAAUCCGACUUUACCCCCUCUCCAACUACACCUUUGGCACCAAAGAAACCCAACCAGAGGAAGACCCCUCAGUCCUCGCGCGCCUCAAGCGUCUAGAAGAGCACUAUGAUGUCCAUGGUAUGCGCCGUACCUGCGAGGGUAUCCUCGUCUGCCACGAGCAUAACCAUCCUCAUAUCCUGAUGCUGCAGAUCGCCAACGCCUUCUUCAAACUGCCAGGCGACUACCUCAAGGAAGACGAUGACGAGAUCGAGGGGUUCAAGAUGCGAUUGAAUGAGCGCCUGGCCCCUGUCGGUUCGCAAUUCAGCGGUGAGGGUGUCAACGAGGAGUGGGAGAUUGGUGAUACUCUGGCGCAGUGGUGGAGACCGAAUUUCGAGACUUUCAUGUAUCCAUUUAUUCCAGCACAUGUCACCAGGCCGAAGGAAUGCAAAAAGUUGUAUUUUAUUCAACUUCCGCGACAGAAGGUUCUGAGUGUCCCAAAGAACAUGAAGCUACUCGCCGUCCCACUAUUUGAGCUCUAUGACAACACAGCAAGAUACGGUCCUCAGUUGUCUGCAAUCCCACAUCUCCUCUCAAGAUACAACUUCGAGUUUGUGGACGAGAAUGGUCAAGUUGUUGCUGUUACCCCAGGAGGUGGACCCGAGGAUGGAUAUGUGCCACAAACCAAGGUCCUGGCUGGAGGUGACGAGGAAAUGAAGGAAGAGAAUGGGGUCUAG